AUGGGUGUCCUGAACGCAGCGAUGACACAAGUGGACGCGCAAGUGCUCACGCACGGCUGGCGGUCGGAGACUGUCAUCUCCGAAGUGUACACAGAUGUGGAGGUCACAGUCUCGCGCCGCGGCUCCACGGAGCUGCAGCUGGUUUCGGAAACUGCCUAUGAGACGUAUUGUGCUGCUCAAGACACGGCCACGAAUCCGAGCUGUACGGAUCCUGGUUGUCCGGCGGUCCCCAACCUGAACUCGCUGGCGGAGAUGCAAACUGUGCGUGAUGCGGUGGGGCAGAUCAUCACCCGUGAUGUGGAUCCACCCACCUUCUCACUUCUUGGAGCCAGAGGAGUCUCUGAGAACAUGCUGUCGGUCACUCUGCAACUGAACGAGCCCGGCACAGCAUACUGCCGCGCUACUCGCACCGAUGCUGGGCCUCCAGUGCUGCAAAUCUCGCACAUUGUGCAAGCGGGAUUCCUUGCAACAAAUGAUGCGACCGUAUCUUCAAUCAUCGACAUUGACAAGUUGGCAGAUAGGCCAACAGAAGCUCCGCUGACCCGUUCGACCGCCUACGACAUUGUGUGCUGGGCCAAGGCAAGCUAUUGCAAAGCGAUGCACUUCUAA